AUGGCGGAGCCCGCCGGGCCGCCGCCCCCCGCCGCCGGCCCGCAGGCCCAGCACGCCGCUUUCUUCGGGCCCGUGGCUCGGGGCAACCCGGUGGUGGACAGCUUCGAGGCCGAGCUGCGGCGCGUCCUGAGCUCCCUGCGGCGGCUGCGAGGCGUGAGGGAGGCCAAGCCGUCGCAGCACGACCUGCACCGCCACGGAGCAAAUACUUUGUUUGACAUAUGGAUCAAAUAUAAGCCACGACUACCAGAGUGGUAUUACAAUGAAAGACUUGUGAAAGUUGGUGAUACCCUUGCUCAGAUCAAAGAAUAUAAGUUGGCACUUGUACAGUGUUAUGAAAGAUACCUUCAGCAGUUUGUUUCUGUAAACCUUGAUGAUGUCAUGAAUGAUGUGGACUGCUUUAAAUCCACUUUUUUUCCAAACGGUGUCAAAGACAAAAAAGCAGCACUUAUGUUCCAUGCUUUGCAAGCGAGAAAUGUUUGUAUUUAUGAGAUGGUUUGCAGCAGAGACAGGAAUCUUCAGAAUCGAGAGUCCCUGCAGACUUGUCUCAGUGUCUUGGCCUCAUUACGACUCACUAUGCAAGUGGCUCUACCUCAGGAGAAUUUGUGUUGGCUUAUCUACAAUGGUACUAUCCAUAUUUACACCAUAUGCAGACAAUUGAUGGUGAUGGGUCAGUCUGCUAAGGUCCUGGAAUACUUACUGUGGGCCAGUAUAUGUAUGGAAUCAUCCAUUCCACUCUUAUCUGUGCAUUAUUUGACAUGGAGAGCCACCCUAUAUACGGCAGUUUCUCAGUGUUAUUUUGAUUGUCAAGCUGGCAUUCAUGGAGAGAUAUUUGCUCGCCGUGGUUUGAUUAAAAUUGAAGAAAUAAAGCAAUUAGAAGAUACCAGUUCUUCUCUGGAACAUACAGAGACAGAAAAGAUUUUUAGAGAGGCCACUCUAAAGAUGUCAGUAAUGAUUUUCAAGAGAGCAGUAUAUGAAUCCAGAAGAAAGUCGAACAGUUCUCGACGUGAGUCAAAAGUUAACCCAAGAAAAGCAGUAAAUCUGUCAUGGCCUCGCACAACUACUGAGCGGCUGCUGGUGGAAAUGUUCGAUGGUGCUGCAGCUCAGUUCCUUGCCAUCCUGGAAGCACUGUCUGAUAGCAGCAGGAAUCUAUUGCCUCCUCAUCCUCCUGUUCCUGAUGAAAUUCAAAUCCGUAUUGUCACUUCUGAGCUUUUUUCCGCAGGCCUAGAAAUCCUCUCAGAGAGCAACGGCACCAGUAAUUUUGGUAUAAUUAAUCCAUCAUCUACCCUUCUGCAGUUGAUGCUAACAGGACAAAAAGGGGUGUCUGGAGAUGCUGCUGUGAAAUUUGUAAAAUUAGCUUUCAGCUAUGAAGAGUGGGACGUGUUUUAUUCUGCGCUUGAAUUUGUUAAUAAUUUUCUUCAGACUCAAGAUGACCCAACAUGGAAGAGAGCUGAAAUAGAACUCAAACUCCUUACACUGAUGCAACCUUUAGUAUUCCCAGGAAAAUUUGAACGUAGUUUUUCUGUUACUGAUGAUAAUAGCGAAGAAGCCAGCACACUUCAAGGUUCUGAAAAGACACAGACAAUUAGAAAGAAAUCCUUAAAGCCUGAAGAUCCUUUCCAUGAUCUUACAAUUCUGGCAACAACAGUGUUUUCCUGUAUCUCCACAUCUGAGCAGAAUGUCCAUCCUGACAAAGAAAUACUUGUUGAUGUAGUAAUGUGUUUGUGGCAGAAGUGUAAAACAGACCUUCAGCAAAUCCAAAUGAGUGGAAGUGACUGCUUAGAAUAUAUCCACAAACACCAAGCUUACCAAUGUGUUCACAUACUCUGGAUAGUGAAUGAAAUAAUUAAGAAGAGCAACAUAGCAGACACUAAUGUAAUGUUUGCAGAGAUAACCUUAUGUCUAGCUGCAAUACUGGAAAAUGUAGCUGAUUCUACAAUUGUAUCUAAGGAAAAAGAAGGAGGAAGUGCUUCUCUUUCUCAAGAUGAAACCUGUGAUAUGCCUGAAAUACUGAUGACACCGACAGAACAAUUAAAAAUUGCUUAUGAAAUUCUUGAAAAAGCAAUUAAUGACAUGAACACAUCUCGGUUAAUGACCCUUUUACCAGAUGGAAAGUCGAUAUUUGACAACUGCUGUACAAAGGUAGACUCAAAUAAUCAGAAUUUGAAUUCUGUUCUGGGAUGUGGUGAUGAUAAAACAGGAGCAGAUAAUGGUUUUGUAACAGAUUUACACUUGGAGCUUAUUCAGGCCCAACAUCGAGUAGCUGUGAAACUUCUUAAAAUUACACAAGGUACUCAAGUUGUUGACAGACGUCUUAAGUCUUCUAAGUCUCGUGAAAAGAAUAUUGAAGAUUUCCAGUAUUUAUCAGAGGAACUUAUAAUGAAAAAAAUUAAAAGGAAUAAGCUAUCCAGAGCAAUCUUUUUGAUGCAAAAAGCUGCACAGAAGUUCCCUGAAGAGUUAACUACUACUUCCCAAAGGCAGCUACUGGAGGAAGCACUAAGUUUAAUUGAGCAGGUUGAAGCUGAACAAAGUGCAUUGUAUAGCAGUCUCAAAGAAGCUAUGAGCAGCAAGAAAAACAACAGGACUCCUCCUCCUCCUCUGUUGCUUUCCAGAUCACAUUGCUCCAUGACAUUUAAACCAGCCCCAUUUGAUUCAGAUAUUCAGGUUUCAUGGUACUGUAUUUUGGGCUGUGUAGCAGGAGGAAGUCAUACAAAAGUAAGGUUAAAUAGCAAUAAACUUCAAAAUUCAGGCGAACAGGUACCAGCGAAUGGGAAAAUUCUUUUUGAAGUACAAGGGUUAGAUGCCAAUGAGAAAUACAUAUUUGCCGUUGCAGCCUAUUCUUCAGAUGGAAAACUUAUUGGGGAUGCCAUUGGCCAAAUGACUAAGCCAAUCCUUGCCUACCCACCCCUUUCUGCUACUACUGUUCGAGCGUAUUUAACUCAGGUAGCCUAUCAGACAGGCAACUUUAGAUUAGCCAGAGCAGCAUUUUCACCAAUGUGGGAUUACUUUGUUUUGGAUUCUUCUCCACUGCCUCCCAAUGCAGCUGUUAUUUCUGCAAGUAGUAAUUUGACUAUAUCUGAAAAAAGGUUAUGUUUUAAAGCUGUAUCUCAGGCUUCUCCUAUUACCUUGCACCUCUUUUUGAGGAAUAUAUUUGCUGUUUCUGACAUCAGUGUCAUGGAAGGAGCACUCUUCUGUGAUUCCAUAUGUUCCAAUGAGAUAUUUUAUAAGGAGCAACUUGCUAGAUUAGCAGAAUGUGAAAGAAUGACUGUGGCAAUUGAACUUAGCAACUGGUUGAAUGAUGCAAGUUACACCCUGCAGUCUGUUGUCCAAUGUUAUGGCCUCCUUGCCCCACUUAUUUAUCACAAGAUUUUUUUAGUGCCAGUAGUUCAGAUCCUGAUUAAAUGCUUGGCUGUUCUCCAAGAAAUUCCAAGUGCUACUUUGCAGAGGAGACAGGAAGGAUGUUACGAGAGUAUUCAGCAUAUGAUAGCUUGCACUUCAUAUCAUACAGCAAAGGUACUACAUUCAUGGAAAGAAUAUGAACUUGCAGUAAUUAUCAUUAACUAUGGGAAAAAAUUGUUGAUCUCACCAGCAGUUUCACCUGGCCUAUCAGGAAAUGUGAAAACUGAAAGAGCACACAUUGGCAAAGAGAACCAUUCCUCAAGGGCAUCCCAUUUAGCAGCAAUGAAGAAAGCAGCAGAAAAUCUGAGCAGUCUUGAAUCAAGUCUCCUCAAACUGACAGAACCAGGUCCUGGAACACAGCUUACAGGAAAGGAAUAUCCUUUGUUCCUCUACCCUGUAAUUUCAUGUUGGACAUCAGACCGUGCUUAUCGAGAAGUGCUUAAAUUCAAAGGGCAAAAACGUUUCCUUGAGUUCUUUGUUCAACUUUUGCACAAAGUCCUGAAUGAAGAGAAGUUUCAAUGUGUUCUGGAGUGGGAAGACAGUAUGGAAGAUUACUUGAAAAGGAGGAAUGAGAACUUCCUUGGUACUGAUGGAAUUUCAGCACAAGCAAAAUCUCUCAAGAUUUCUCUGGGAGAAAGCACACGUGCUUCAGGAGUUCAGAAGAGAAAGGACACCUCACCUUCAAGGAAACAAAAGGCAUCACCUUCGAAGAAACCAACAAAAAAAGCCAUGCCUAAGAAAGGACCUCUUAGAGAGUAUUUAAUGAAAAAUCCAGAUGCAAUGAGUUCUCCAGAAGCACAAAAGAAAGGCAAUGAUAAAUUGAAGAAGUUAGCUCAUCAAACCUUAGUGAUGCUGCUGAGUAAAUACGUAACCCGAAGUCAGUUUUGUCAAAUGUGUCUUGAAGAGAUGCCCUGGAAGUCUCAGAUGAAUAUCUAUCUGGCAGUUGCACACUACCACUUAUUUAAAAAGAACCUCGAAGAGCAAUAUAAUAUUGGAAUUACUGGUUCACAGCAUUUGGACAGUUACAAUAUUUUGGAUCCUGAGAUAUUCUCAUUAAACAAUUCCGGCACUGUACUGGCGAAAGACGUUGUAGAGGAUAACCUAGGAAAAUCAACUACUUCUCUCUUUGAAAAGUCAGAAGGGACUGAAACCCAAACCUUUACAGAUAAAUCUUCUAAGAACAGAAAUAAACGGGGUCGAAGUCGAGCAACAAAGAGCCCCAAAGAACAGGGCCAGUUUCCAUCGGAUACCCUUUUACUGAAGCAUUUUACAAGCAUCUUCUUGCAUUUGAAAAGAGCAGUGGUUCUUGCUCACCGUGGUGGCCACUGGACAUUGCUUCAAAAUGCUUGUCGAGAACUUUGGAACUACACUCAAGAAUUUCAAUUGAUUGCUAACCAGUCACAUUCCCAUACGGAUGCAUUUCCCAUCACCUGGGAUUUUCUUCAGAACACCAUUUGGUUGCCAUUUUUUUUUGCAUCUGACAUGAUCAUUGAUAUGAUAGUUGACUUACAGGCAAGCAGUUCUCUUAAGAUUGUGGAUCCCGAAGGAGACUUUUGCAUUCCCAGUUGUUUAGGAGGUAUUGUGGAUGAGAAUGGUGGUUCUAAUCUUCAUCCCCAGCCUCCCCUGGAUGAUGUGAAUGUGGUUGAUCUGAGAUGGAUAUGUAAUCUGAUUCUUAAAACAAUAGAAUUGUUAUAUCAAAUGAAGAAGUGGGAAGCACUGGUACACAUAGCUGUACAAUUUAACAUAUUUACACAUGAGAGGUUCACAGAACAAGUGAGUCCAGUGCUGGUGUAUGCUCAGAGGCAGCUGAUAGAAAGGAUACAGCAGUUCAAUGGCCCAGACAGCCAUGAAUCUCAUGUCACAAAAUAUCUGUCUGAUGAUGCACAGAAGGUGAAACACAGAUUUAUUUUUGGGGCACUGACUCUUAAUGUGAACUAAAUGUGGAGUAGCAAUUUCACUGAUUAGAUUAAUAUGCUUUCUCACAAUUACAAUCAAGCAAAAGACCUUUUAGUUUGUGUGCCUCUUGAUGUGAAUGAUACACUGAAAUGUUUUAGAGAAACUCUAGAAAAAUCUAAAUAUCAAAGCAGAGCACUGAGACACAGCAGAAAACUACUUUCAUUGUUUCUUGCACACACACAAGGAAUCCUUGAAACGAGUAACCAGAGAGACCUCAAGGUGCAGGCUCUACAUGAACUUGGAAAUCUUCACUUUUAUGCUGGAAAUAAAAGAGCUGCUUUUAAAUAUUGGUGUCAAGCCCUUGAUGAAACGCUCAAUAUUGCUGAUGCUCUUAACACCUGGCAAGAGUUAAGUUUUCAGAAAGAUGCUACAGACUGCUUUGCAGUUGGAAGAUCAACUGAUAUGAGUCAGAAAUUUCUUUCUCAGGCAGGACCUUGGGGAUGUUUACAUGCAGCAGUCCUAGUGGCUAAGAUAGCUCAGUAUAUAGCAACAUCACAGAUGAGAUUAAGAACAAAAUACUGUUAUUUUUCUGCGAUACUUUUUAAGACCCUGUUUAGAGCUUCUCUUCAACAUCCAACAUUUGACUAUGACUUUGUACAAUAUGAAAUAAGUAUUCUUAUUCCUGGUAUUGACCUGUUCUCUGAUCGCUACAGAGCUGAUAUCUCUACUGUAGUUGCAAGUCUGAAUUUCAUUAUGUUUGAACUACACUGUGCAAAACAAAAUUUAAUACUUUUACCUCUGUUCACAUUAUACCAAUAUAUUGUGUCUGAGAUUUGUAAGGACCCAGCUAAAUGUAUUGAAGGAAGAAUCCUCAAGAUUAAAGUACUUACAGAUAUAAGAUUUUUUACGGAGGCCUUUCAUGAACUGUCUUUGCUUAUUUCGGGAGAGAGAAUUCCAUGUAAAAUACCAGCAGGAUACAGAUAUACUGAACAAAUCCAGGCCUUAAAAAAAUUUGAUUCCUCAAAAUCUCUCAUGAGUACUACAAAUUUGCAGGUACUGGAAGAUACAUUUAAUUCGAUUCUAUCUUUAACAGUGGUGCCACUGUGCAACCAACAAACUAUGAAUAAAUUAACCUUAGCCAAAAUGCAUCUCAUAAUUUGUCUUUCUGCUACAAUAAAUAAUAUACCUGAAAAAGUUGAAAAAAAAUUAUAUUGUGUUGACAACAGCAGCUUGCCAGAGCCAAACAAAACUACAGCAUCAAAUGUAAAAGUUGAUGCUGAUCAGAAUUCAAGACAACAGGAACAAAGAGACAGAGUGGUGCAUCUUGUUGAUCGUAAAGAUGAAUUAAGUAUAGCCAUGCUGAAGGGGAUUUUAUUGACAGAAGCUGAAGAAAGUCUUAGCUAUUUUGUACAGGACAUACAGGACAAAUAUGAUGGGGACAUAUCUCGGUAUUCUGUGGAAGAUUUAGAGGCUCUUAUUGAGGCCAAACUUGAACUUGCUUCUAUUUCUCACCAAAGGCAUCAAGCAGCUCUCAGUGUUGCUUUGGCUUUCUCUGCAAUUCGACUUCUCCAAGAUGCAAAAGUUUUUAGCAUUGACGGGGAACAUUUUCAAGAAGAAAAGGAUGAAAGGGAGUGUUUGGAUUCCACCACUGAAGAUGUUCAGCUCCCUUCCCAUGUAACAGCAGAGAGGCACGUGAAUGUACACUUGUGGCUGAGGUGUCGAGCGAUGCUAGUGACCGCACUAGUGACACAGAUACAUGGUGUUGUUGAUUUGAAAGGAAAUGAUGUGGCUGAGCGCCGAAGUGUGAUUAAAGAAGUAAUAUUAGAGGCAGAAGCCUUUGGUGAUAUUGAGACUCAGGCUGAAAUAAUGGUGCAAGCUGCUAUUCUUGACCUGCAAGAAAAACGUCCUGUGGCAGAAGUUAAACUUCUUUUGCAGAAUAUCAUCAGUUUACUCCAAGAAGAUACAUUGAUUUCUCUGCCAGCUUCUUUGACUCUUGUGAAAAGUAUGCUUCUGCUGGCAGAAAUACUGUCACUGCAAACAGAGGAUUCAGAACAUUGCUCUUCUGCAGUGGAACCAUUAAACUUGCUUGCUUUGGCACAUAAGCUUACCAUUAAAGCAAUUUUUGAUUACGGUGAACCCAUUGAAUGGCAAAAAGACAGUACAUUGACUUGUCUGGUCUUACCCACGAAGAAUAUCUACCUGCCAUAUAUUAACUUGCUAGCCCAAGUCAAAAUGAAAAUUGGACACACAUUAGCUGAAAAAGUGACUUCUACAGCUGCAACAGAUCGCUUGCAAUGGCUAUAUGCUCUCAGGCAUUUAAAAUCAGCAUUGAAUCUUUGCAGAUCAUCUGCAACAAAAAAAUUUAAUAUGAAAGCUCAACUUCUUUUUCAGAUAGGUAAGAUAGAACGCCAGCUAACUGAAGCAGGCAAUAACAAAUCAUCUAAAACUAUUGAAACCCUGUUGGAAGCUAUUAAGAUCAGCCAGCAACACGAUCAAAAAUAUGAGUUAAUAAGACGGUCAUACCUUGAAAUAGCACUAUCAUAUUUGAAUUUUGCUGAAAUUAAUGAGGACGAAUCACAGACAGAUUUGACCACUUCUGAAGAUCGGUCUUCUGAGGAGGCUAUGCAAACAGAAGUCUACAGAGUACAAGCCUGGAUUGCAGUAAGAGCAGCUGCACAGGUCAGUGAAGCUGUGCUUGCUUCUCAGCAGUUAAUUGGAAUGAAGAGAAUUAAAGAAAAGCACAUGAAGGAUGACGUGAAAAAAAAAAUCCCAGAAUUUGCUUCUAUGGAUCUUUUUUCUUCAUACAGAGAUUUCAUAUCUGUUGCAGAUGGAUACAAGGUUGUCUCUGAAACUCCUCAAGUAUCUUCUACUGAAAACAAACAAAUCACAGAAGACUGUCAGAGUGAAAGUGAAGGAACAGAAAGUCUUUUCACCAAGGCCAGCCAGAAGAAAGAUAAAAUAACAUGGGUUCACCUAAUUCGCUACUACAAUCAUUUAAAAAGAAUUUAUAACACAAACCUUUCUGGACCCGGGUCAGUUUCUGCAAGAGAUGGACACCUUGGUUUGAUUUCUGACACAGGAAUUGUUCUGCGCAUAGCAGAAAUGCAUUCCUUCCUUGAAAAGAAUUUGUUUGAAUAUUCAAUGUGUUGUCUUGAGAAUUUUCCAGAAGAACUACGUGAGGUAGAAGUGUCACUCAGUAGUCACAGUGAUUCUUCAGAGCACCAGAGCGGGAGCAGCACAUACGGCUCUGACCCAGACCGGUCGCCUCAGGGCCGCCGGAGCUCCGAGAGGUGGAAUCAUCAAUAUGGUGACCUGCAGGGGGCUGUGUCUCUUGAUAUUACUGAAAUUGCAUCAUUAGUGUCACAUGUGAGAGUAGCUUCUCCAGUUUCUGUCGCCACAGAAGAUAAGCGGACAGAGAGUAGAGCAACAAAUGCUUUGGAUAAGGAAAUUUACAUUCAGUGGUAUAUUCCUUCUGUGGCAAAGCCAUCAAACCAUACAGAAACUAAGGUUUUGUUGCUUUAUGCUUAUAACAUAAACCCUAUCAAGAUUAGCGAAAUGACUGUUUUUACUCCAACGUCUGUGUUUUCAGGCCACUUGUGGAUUCCAUUGGCUAGAAUUAUUUCUUUAAGGGAGAAACUGACUGAUCUGAAGGAGCAAGUUGAAAUAAUGAUGCAAGGUUCUAAGAGCUUUUCAACUUCAGUACCAACAAGUUUUCUUACGCAAAGUGAAACUUGGAAAAUAAGUCUUUCAGAUAGACACAGAGUGAGUGAUGUGCAAGUGCAUCUUGAUGAAAAAACGGAAGAAAUUGUUAAAAGGUGUUUAUCUGAAGUCAAAGCACUGCUGUCUGAUGUUCCAGCCCAGUCCUCUCCAUUAACUGAGAUCCCAUUUGAUGUUACUUUGCAAUCAAUAACAAAUUUGGAAGAUAUGUUUGAUCUUGCCAAUGGAUGUAUAGUAACUGAAGCAAAUCUUUUGGAUUGGCUCAUUUCUCUGCUUCACUAA